ACCUCAGGAAGAGAGAAGAAUCAGGAGUUACAUUUGAUAUACUGGAUCUUGAAUUCUAACACCUAGAUUUUAAGCUUAUUUAAGCAAGGCUAUAUCUUCUAUUUCCUUUUCAAUAUUCAGUUCAAUAUUCUGGUUGUCUAUUCUUUCCUACCCUCCCUCCCCGCUAUCAUGACAGCAUAUAGAUAGAAUGCCUAGUUCUCCGCAUAUAGUAAGCACUCUAGAAAUGUUUGAGUCAUUGAUGUCAUGAUGGAUUUACUAUGACAUCACCAGGACUGGAAUACCAUGGUUAGCAACAAAUUAGGGUAAACCACAACCUGUGGGAGCAGGAAAGACCUAGCUUCCUUGUGGACACCUUUAUAGCAUUUGCCUAUGUUCGGUGAAAAAAGAAGAAAUAAAAGAAAAUCACGAACUUUUCAAACUAUUUAUCAAAAUGCAAAGUGGGAUAGACAGCGACUCUGAACCAGAAAAAGAAGUUAUGGAUUCCACCAUCAUGUCCAGAAAAUCCCUUUACAAAUCAGGGGUCCCUCAGCUGGAGAUCCCAUUUGCAGUACAGAAUGUCAUCUCUAGGAUUGAGCAAGCACAGCUUCAUCGAGCCAGAGAGGCCAUUAACAUGCAGCUGGCUGACAUAAUGCUUAAUGUACAGCGGAUAAUAAAUCGCUACACUCUUGAUGAGAAUGUGCACUCUGGAAGAAAAAUAUCCAUUACAGAAUAUAAGAAACGGAGAGUAAAUUUCAUGGAAAAAAUAGUUACUUGUGCUAAGAAUGUUGAAAUUAGAGAAAAGACUCUUGUGUACAUACUGGCCUGGUUGGAAGAAUGGAAUGCAAUUUUGUCUGAGAUGACUGCAACUGAUAUUGAGGAACACCACCACUGGAUAGCACAAAUGGAGUUUUUACCAGAAAUGUUCAAAGCUAUUGAGAACAAUGUCAAGUUACUGUGUAGAAUUAGUGUAUUUUUGUUUGAAGAAAAGAAGAGACAAAAGAGAAAAACAGCAUCUAGAAGUACUCUAUGGAAAUCUUGGAAAGAAAGAGUUAUAAAGCGACCUGCAACAGCUCAUGCUUUAAGACCAGAUCAGAUGAUCAGUGAUAAAUUUGCAACAAAUACAAAGGUUUCAGAAAUCCAAGAUAUGCUACAGGAACUCAUAAACACUAUGAUGUUCAAUAAAUUGGAAAACAAUGCUAUUAAAUAUAUAUCAUCAACAAUAAUAAACCUUUCUAAGGCUUUGGGUUUAAUAAAUGAUGAACUAAAAAUUUUUAACCUCCAGAGUGCCAAUAUGUAUAUAAGUGAGACAAGUGAAAAGGAAAAAGAGCUCUCCCUGAAGAUAAUGCGAGAGCUCAGUGAAAAAAAUGAAAUGCUUCAGCAGAAACUUCAAGAAGCAGAAGAAAAAUAUGAACAAUUUAUUCGGUUCAAAAUUGUUGUAGAACCCCAAGUAGGUAUAGCAUUACCCACAUCAACCUUGAAAGUGUUGCCUGAGCUUUCUUCACAAUCAACCACUAGCAAAGCUGACAUAGAAGACAAUAUGGAUGAUAUGUUGGUUAAAGAACUUGAAGAUAUUACAGAUGAGGCCCAAACAAAAGGGACCAAAGGCUUGGGGAUCAAGUGGGACUCAACUAUUUCAUAUAGAGCCCCAGCUGAAAUGACUCCAGAUUUAACUGAAGAGCAAUAUCCUUCACUUAAAAAAAAGCAAAGAGAGUCUUCUGAAGGUAUCACUGAAGAUAAGAUAUCACAGAAGAAAGGUGAUGUCUAUAGGAAAGAUGGGACUGACCAGUAUCAAUCACAGAAAAAAAAGCAAACUAAAGGCCCAUAUAUGCAUGAGACUUCUGGAUUUAAUGUGAGUGAUGAUAAAGGUAAAGAAAAAGACUCAGAGACCAAACUUGAUUACCAUUUGGAGCUACAGUCACUGGAAAAGAAGAGAAAAGAAAUAAAAUCCUUUUCUGAGGACAAAUCAAAGUCAUCCACUGAAUCAAGAAAACCAAGAAGUGAACAUGUCCCUGCUGAUUACCCUUCUACUGACACAAAAAGCCAAGUUGGCAGAAAUGGAACAAGUGGUUUAUGGGAACAACUCAGGAAGCUCAAACCUGAGUAUUCACAUUACAAAAGCCAGAUUUCUUCAGAGAGUAAAGAGGAAUCCACCACUGAGUCAAUGGACAAAGAGAGCAAAAGUGAGACGAGCAGCCAGGCAGAGCAAUUUGGGUCUACCCAACUUGGUAAUUCCUCUGAGAAAGUGAAAACAAAAGGAAAGAAACACCAUGUCUCUCCAGGAACCACCACAAGCAAAGAGGGAAAACUUGAAGAGGACAUAUUAGUAACUAAGAAAGUCAAGUCUCAUAGACCUGUGAAGCCCAAAUCUAGGGUAACAGAAGAGAUUUCAGAAUCUACCAGAGUUCCAGGAAGUCUAGACGGCAGAAGUGAAGAGAGUAACCUAGAAGAAUUUCAAAAAGCUGUAAUGGCUUUCCUAAAAGAGAAAAUUGAUAACGUAGGAAAGCCUUUGGAUAAAAAGACUGUGCCAAAAGAGGAAUUAUUAAAAACACCAGAGGCUGAAAAAUUAGGAAUCAUAAGGGAAAAAAUAGAGGAAUAUUUCCAAAGCGUAGGUGAAACUGUGACAAAAACCUUGAGGAAGUACAAAGAUAUAAAAAGUGCAGGACAGGUUGGAGAGAAACCUUUGAAACAAAAAAAAGAAGUCUCAUUUAUUCCAGGAUUACAUUUUCAGAAGUCCACUAGUGCAAAGUCUGAAAUUAGAACCUUACUGUUAUCUAAGAGCAAGGAUCCACUAACUGACAAUUUAAUACAAACGAUCUUGGCUGAACUAGAAGGGAAAAGAGAUGCUCUAGUGGCCUCAACGGUAGGGAGAGACGGCAUGGAAAGGCAAAAACAAAGGCGGGAGAAACAUUUGCAAGAAGGUCCAGAAAAAAUAGUUGGUAAGCGUCUCAAACACCAGUUGCAAGAAGGGAGUUUCUGGAAGAAACUGCAGGAGGAAGAGUCAUGGCUCCAGAGGAAGGGAGGAAAGCAAGGACAACGGAAGCAGUGGCAGAAAAUGUGGAAGGAACAGCAAAAACAGAGCAUGCAAAAGCAGACUGAGCAAGAUGAGGAGCAAACGCAAAGAGAAGAGGAAGAUUAUCAGAAGCCAAAACAGCAGCAGCUGGAAGCAUGGGAUAAAAAAAUGGAAAAACAAAUGGUGCCCUUGGAGAAGGAGAAGGGACAGCAGAAGAGGGAUGCUCAGAAGGUAGUGAGGUAUCAAGAGCUGGAAAUAAAUUGGGAGAAAGAGGAGAAGCAGGAGCCAUGGAGAAAUGUAGAGGACCAUGAAAGACAGAGGCAGAAAGAAACAAAGGAUCAGAUGAAGAUUAAGGAGAUAAACUCUGAAGAAGAAGAAAAGAUGUUCGGCCAAACUUCAAUGACAUUUUCUCCCCCGUGGAAGAGCAUACAGAAACUAGCACCCCAGUUACAUCAAAGAAAAGAGUUCCAGAGUCAUCUUAAGGCCUUAGACAUUCUUGCUGAUGGGAAGCACCCUAUACCAAUCACUCCUCCUUCCACACAAUCGCCCUCACCCGAGGCCAUUCCAGUUUCUGGACAGUCUCCCACAAAGUUCCUCACUCUAACUCCUAAACAGGCCCAGGCACUGGGGAUCAGUCUCACCACUGAGGAGGCCAAGGCACAGGGCAUCACUGUCACCUCUCAGCAGGCCCAAGAAAUGGGGAUCACCUUCAUUGAUGAGCAGGCACAGACACAGGGGAUAACUCUCACCCCUCAACAGGCCCAAGAACUGGGGUUCACUUUAACUGAUGAGCAGGCACAGGGGAUCACUCUCACCCCUGAACAGGCCCAGGCACUAGGGAUCACACUCAUUCCCCAGCAGGCACCGAAACUGGGAUUCACCCUCACUGAUGAGCAGGCACAGACACAGGGGAUAACUCUCACCCCUCAACAGGCCCAAGAACUGGGGUUCACCCUAACCGAUGAGCAGGCACAGGGGAUCACUCUCACCCCUGAACAGGCCCAGGCACUAGGGAUCACACUCAUUCCCCAGCAGGCACAGAAAUUGGGAUUCACUCUCACUGAUGAGCAGGCACAGACACAGGGGAUAACUCUCACCCCUCAACAGGCCCAAGAACUGGGGUUCACCCUAACCGAUGAGCAGGCACAGGGGAUCACUCUCACCCCUGAACAGGCCCAGGCACUAGGGAUCACACUCAUUCCCCAGCAGGCACCGAAACUGGGAUUCACCCUCAUUGAUGAGCAGGCACAGACAAAGGGGAUGACACUCACCCCUCAGCAGGCCCAGGCACUGGGGAUCACUCUCACCCCUGAACAGGCCCAGGCACAGGGGAUUACUCUUACCCAUAAACAGGCCCAAGAACUAGGGUUCACCCUCACUGAUGAGCAGGCACAGGGGAUCACUCUCACUCCACAGCAGGUCCAGGCAAUGGGGAUGACUCUCACCCCUGAGCAGGCCCAGACAUGGGGGACCACACUUACCCCUCCACAGGUCCAGGCACUGGGGAUCACGCUCACCCCUGAACAGGCCCAAGUACAGGGAAUCACUCUCACCCCCCAGAAAGCCCAGGCACUGGGGAUGACUCUCACCCCUGAGCAGGCCCAAGCACAGGGGAUCACUCUAACCCCUCAGCAGGCCCAGGCCCUGGGGAUCACACACACACCUGAGCAGGCCCAGGCACAGGGGAUCACACUCACCCCUCCACAGGCCCAGGCAUUGGGGAUCACACUCACACCUGAGCAGGCCCAAGCACAGGGGAUCACUCUCACUCCCCAGCAGACUCAGGCACUGGGGAUCACUCUCACCCCUCCACAGGCCCAGGCACUAGGGAUCACACUCACACCUGAACAGGUCCAAGCACGGGAGAUCGCUCUCACCCCCCAGCAGACUCAGGCACUGGAGAUCACACUCACCCCUGAGCAGGCCCAGGCAGAGGGGAUCAUACUCACACCUGAGCAAGCCCAGGCACGGGGGAUCACACUCACACCUGAACAGGCCCAGGCACUGGGGAUCACGCUCACUCCUGAACAGGCCCAAGCACAGGGGAUCACUCUCACUCCCCAGCAAGCCCAGGCACUGGGGAUGACUCUCACCCCUGAGCAGGCCCAGGCACGGGCGAUCAUACUCACACCUGAGCAGGUCCAGGCACAAGGGAUCACACUCACACCUCCACAGGCCCAAGCACAGGGGAUCCCUCUCACCCCCCAGCAGGCCCAGGCACAGGGGAUCCCUAUUACUUCUGAGCAGGCCCAGGCCCUGGGGCUCACACUCACUCCUGAACAGGCCCAAGCACAGGGGAUCACACUCACACCUCCACAGGCCCAGGCAUUGGGGAUCACACUCACCCCCGAACAGGUCCAAGCACAGGGGAUCACUCUCACCCCCCAGCAGGCCCAGGCACUGGGGAUCACUCUCAGCCCGGAGCAGGCCCAGGCACAGGGGAUCACACUCACACCUCCACAGGCCCAGGCAUUGGGGAUCAUGCUCACCCCUGAACAGGCCCAAGCACAGGGGAUCACACUCACACCUCCACAGGCCCAGGCAUUGGGGAUCACGCUCACCCCCGAACAGGCCCAAGCACAGGGGAUCACUCUCACCCCCCAGCAGGCCCAGGCACUGGGGAUCACUCUCAGCCCGGAGCAGGCCCAGGCACAGGGGAUCACACUCACACCUCCACAGGCCCAGGCAUUGGGGAUCACGCUCACCCCCGAACAGGCCCAAGCACAGGGGAUCACACUCACACCUCCACAGGCCCAGGCAUUGGGGAUCACGCUCACCCCCGAACAGGCCCAAGCACAGGGGAUCACUCUCACCCCCCAGCAGGCCCAGGCACUGGGGAGGACUCUCACCCCUGAGCAGGCCCAGGCACUGGGGAUCACGCUCACACCUGAGCAGGCCCCGGCAUGGGGGACCACAUUCACUCCUCCACAGGCCCAAGCACCGGGGAUCCCUCUCACCCCCCAGCAGGCCCAGGCACUGGGAUUCACCCUCAUUGAUGAGCAGGCACAGACACAAGGGAUAAUUCUCACCCCUCAGCAGGCCCAAGAACUGGGGUUCGCCCUCACUGAGAAGCAGGCACAGGGGAUCACUCUCACCCCUGAACAGGCCCAGGCACUGGGGAUGACUCUCAUCUCCCAGCAGGCCCAGGCACAGGGGAUCCCUAUCACUUCUAAGCAGACCCAGGCACAGGGGAUGCCCCUCACACCUCAGCAGGCCCAGGCACUGGGGGUCACUCUCACCCACCAGCAGGCCCAGGCCCAGGCCCAGGGGAUCGCUCUCACCCCUGAGCAGACCCAGGCACAGGGGAUCCCUCUUACCCCCCAGCAGACCCAGGCACAGGGGAUCACUCUCACCCCCCAGCAGGCACAGGCACAGGGGAUCCCUCUCACACUUCAGCAAGCCCAGGCACUGGGGGUCACUCUCACCCCUCCACAGGCCCAAGCACAGGGGAUCCCUCUCACCCCCCAGCAGGCCCAGGCACAGGGGAUCCCUAUUACUUCUGAGCAGGCCCAGGCCCUGGGGCUCACACUCACUCCUGAACAGGCCCAAGCACAGGGGAUCACACUCACACCUCCACAGGCCCAGGCAUUGGGGAUCACACUCACCCCCGAACAGGUCCAAGCACAGGGGAUCACUCUCACCCCCCAGCAGGCCCAGGCACUGGGGAUCACUCUCAGCCCGGAGCAGGCCCAGGCACAGGGGAUCACACUCACACCUCCACAGGCCCAGGCAUUGGGGAUCACGCUCACCCCCGAACAGGCCCAAGCACAGGGGAUCACUCUCACCCCCCAGCAGGCCCAGGCACUGGGUAUCACUCUCAGCCCGGAGCAGGCCCAGGCACAGGAAAUCACACUCACACCUCCACAGGCCCAGGCAUUGGGGAUCACGCUCACCCCUGAACAGGCCCAAGCACAGGGGAUCACACUCACACCUCCACAGGCCCAAGCAUUGGGGAUCACGCUCACCCCUGAACAGGCCCACACACAGGGGAUCACUCUCACCCCAAAACAGGCCCAGGCACUGGGGAUCACUCUUACCCCUGAGCAGGCCCAGGCACAGGGGAUCACACUCACCCCUUCACAGGCCCAGGCAUUGAGGAUCAUGCUCACCCCCGAACAGGCCCAAGCACAGGGGAUCACUCUCAUCCCCCAGCAAGCCCAGGUACUGGGGAUGACUCUCACCCCCCAGCAGGCACAGGCACUGAGGAUCCCUCUCACCCCGCAGCAGGCCCAAGCCCAGGGGAUCCCUCUCUCACUCCAGCAGGCCCAGGCACACGGGAUCACUCUCACACCCCAGCUGGCUGAGGCACUAGGGAUGGCUCUCACCCCUGAACAGGCUCAGGCACUGGGGAUGACACACGACCCCCUGCAAGCCCAGGGACUAAGGGCCACACUCAUUCCGGACCACGCCCAGGCACAAGGGAUGACUCUCACUCCCCCACAGGCCCAGGCACUGGGGAUCACGCUCACCCCUGAGGAGGCUCAGGCACUGGGGAUUACUCUCAUCCCCCUGCAGGUCCAGGCAUCGGGGAUCACUCUCACUCCUAAACAGACCCAGGCCUUGGGGAUCACUCUCACCCCACAGCAAGCCCAGGCACUAGGGAUCCCUCUCACCCCUCAGCAGGCCCAGGCACAGGGGAUGACUUUUACUCCUCAGCAGGCCCAGGCACUGGGGAUCACACUCACACCUCCACAGGCCCAGGCAUUGGGGAUCACGCUCACCCCCGAACAGGCCCAAGCACAGGGGAUCACACUCACACCUCCACAGGCCCAGGCAUUGGGGAUCACGCUCACCCCCGAACAGGCCCAAGCACAGGGGCUCACACUUACACCUCCACAGGCCCAGGCAUUGGGGAUCACGCUCACCCCCGAACAGGCCCAAGCACAGGGGAUCACACUCACACCUCCACAGGCCCAGGCAUUGGGGAUCACGCUCACCCCCGAACAGGCCCAAGCACAGGGGAUCACACUCACACCUCCACAGGCCCAGGCAUUGGGGAUCAUGCUCACCCCCGAACAGGCCCAAGCACAGGGGAUCACACUCACACCUCCACAGGCCCAGGCAUUGGGGAUCAUGCUCACCCCUGAACAGGCCCAAGCACAGGGGAUCACACUCACACCUCUACAGGCCCAGGCAUUGGGGAUCACGCUCACCCCCGAACAGGCCCAAGCACAGGGGAUCACUCUUAUCCCUGAGCAGGCUCAGGCACAGGGGAUCACACUCACCCCUCAGCAGGCCCAGGCCCUGGGGCUCACUCUCACCCCUCAACAGAUCCAGGCAAAUGGCAUCACUCUUACCCCUGACCAGUUUAAAGCACUGGCAGUCACCCUCACUCCUGAGAAAUGCCAGAGCUUGGGUUUCACACUCACUCCUAUGAAUUUUCAGGCAUGGGGGUCUCCUUUCACUGUAGCACAGGCCUGGGAAUCGGGGGUCUCUAUUACUCCAGAAAGUCCCUGGUUGUCAGCUGUCCCUCGUACCCCUGAACAAACCCAAGGUUUAGGUGCCCCUCUCUCCUUAGAACAGGCUCAAGCAUUAGGGGUUUCUUUCUCUCCAGAACACUUCCGGAAAUCUGGGGUCCCUCUCACCUCAGAUAAAUUCUGUGCUAUAGAAUCUCCCCUUGAGCAAGUGCAAACUUUGGGAGCUCCCUUCAUCCCAGGACAAUCCCAUCCCAUGGGUAUUACUUUCAUGUCUGAGGAGGACCAACAAUCAAGGGAACAGCCCUCACCGCUUGGGCCCCAACCUACUUUAGAACAUACCCUGGAAGCUGGGAUCAUUCCUGUUACUGAUAAACCCAUUACACCAGGUGGUCCUCACAUUUCUAAGCAGUUCCCUACAUUGGCUCCUUCUGGUCUUAGAUCUUUUCAAAGAUUGAAGGCUUCUGUCCUCCCUGGGGAAUCCUUUACAUCAAGUCCUAGGCAGGCCCCAGCAUCUGCUCCUAUUGCUGAGAAGUCCUCUGUAUUUGAGGUCUCUCCUACUCCUUUGCAGGUAUCAGGGUCUCCUCUUUCCCAAGCCCCUGGGAAAUUGCUAGGAAUGAGAAUUCCUUCUGACUCUGGGAAACUUCUGGUAACACAGACUUUUCCUUCCUCUAAACAGACCCUGGUUUCUGAAGGGCAAACUGUUCAGUUUGUAGCACCAGAGGUCCCUCUGGCCUCUGGGAAGCUUGCACCGGAGACCCUUCUUAGUUCUAGAAAGUUCUUAAGAGACUCUUGGACUCCUCAGCUACCGCUGAUAUCAGAGGCCCCCAGGAAGCCCCUUAUAUCUGGAGUUCCACUCUCCUCCCCUCAGUUUUCUACUCUUUUGGCUCCUCUUUCCCCUAGGAAGCCCUUGGUUCCUGGGACUUCUUCCGUCCUGGAACCUAGACCCUUAACACUUUCUGAGAAGCCCCAGGCAUUCCAGCUCCCUGCUGUCUAUGAGCAAUCUCUCUAUCCACAAAUCCCUUCUACUCUUGAACAGCAUCAAACUUUCCCCCUGGGGAUCCCUCCUACCCCUGGGCAUCCUCCAACACUAUGGACCUCCUUAACCCCUGGAAAGCCCCAGAAAGAUAUGUCCUCUUCUAUAGCUAAGGAAAGUAAGGAAAGAUUGGCAAUUAUUUCUUCUCUGAAAUCUAAAUCAGUCCCUUUUACUGCUAAGAACUUCCAAAUAUCAGGGAUCUCUGAUACUUCUGAAGAAUUCCAGACAUGCCAUGAUCCUAUUGCCACAGAACAAUAUAAAACAUUUCAGUCCUAUCUCACCGAUUACAGGACACCAAUAUCACAAACCCCUUACAUUGGUGGGAGGGCCCUUCCCCCUCUCGUGAAGUCUCUUUUUACUAAACUGCCCAAAACGUCACAGAUCUCAUCUUCUGAAUGGGACCAGAAAACCCAGUUCCCCCCUAUAGACAAGUCCUGGAUACUGACUUCAGAUUCAGUUACCAAGAAACCCAAGAUGAUGCCUCCUUCCUCUCCCCAAGAACUCAAAGAGCAGAGGUAUUUUGUUGAUGUGGAAGCUCAGAGAAAGAACCUGGUACUCUUAAAUCAGGCCACAAAAUCUUCUGGACUCCCUUCACAGCUACACACAACAGCUAGGAAUCUCAUAAUUGAGACACUUCAUACAGACACAGUUCGGCUGGGAUACCUAUUCCGCAAGUACAUUGCUUACAGGCUGAUCCAGCGUGCAAGAAACAACAUAAUCAGACGAUUACAAGCCCUCCAAAACACUGGGAAAGGUUAUGAGACCCAGAACCUCUUCAUACUGCUAAACAGAAUUGAUGACUACCAGAAAAAGAUUAUGCAGGUCUGGACCAACAAACAGAAGUCUUUAGAGCAGAAACGGAAUCAGUGCCUGAGGAAAAUGAUGUUCUUAUUUAGCCAGCUUCAAGAGAUGUAUAAAUUGAAUCUUAGUCGGCCCAUACCUUUGAUCACUGACAAAAAGGAGAUACCUGUCUCUGCCAAAUUUGUUCAGCAGCCAUUCCUAGAGCUGCUAAUAGAAGAAGAUAGAAAGUAUGACACAUUCAAGAAAUUACGACAAGAAGACCAAAUGAGAGCUAUCUGGAAUGCUGAUCUGUCAACUUCAAGCUACCCAAUAGCAGAGAAGACAUCAAUACAUUCGCUCUGGGCCCAGCUGGGUGGGUACCCAGAUAUUCCUAUGCUACUCCAGUUAGAUGUUCAGUCUACCUUCAGAAAAUCUCUCGCAUCCGUUAAAUCACAGUUUAAGAAGAUUCCCAAGUGACUGUAAAAUUAAACACAAGCAAGUAAAUUCCAGUGCUGCAGUAAAAUUCCUACUUUGCU